AUGUAUGUCCAGCUGUUCGAGCACUACGGGACGCUGGACCGGCACCUGGCGCAGAAGGACGCGAGGCACGUCGUCAUCCGGGGCAGCCGCGAGAACCACCGCGAGCUGCUCAAGUACACGCGCUGGCCGACGGGUGACUUCCACGCCGACACCUCCUUCGAGGUCAACCCGCGGUCGUACUCGAUGCUCCGCAUGGAGGAGCACCCGCUCGUCGGCGGCGACACCGCCUGGGUCUCAGCCUAUGGGCUGUACGACGCGCUGUCCCCCGCCAUGCGUCGCUUCGUCGACGGCCUGCAUGCGGCACACACCUCGCGCCUGCAGUACGAUACCAUUCUCGACCUCUGGGGCACGGGACCGAACCGCGCCCCGGUCGAUUCUCACCACCCGGCCGUCCGUACUCACCCCGUCACCGGGCUCAGGGCGCUCAAUGUCAACCCGGGCUUUGUAACGGGGUUCGCCGAGCUGAACAAGGUCGAGUCCGAUAAGCUGCUUGACUUCUUUGCCUACCACAUCCACUCUGCGGACGACCACUAUGUCCGCUGGAAGUGGACCGUAGGUAGCGUGGCUAUAUGUGCCGUACAUCGAGUCAUCCCCGGCCGCUAUGAAGGCAACAGGAAAGGGAUCAGGACGACUGUCUUUGGGGAGAAACCGUAUUUCGACCCACAGAGUGAAGGCCGGUACGAGAGAGAGGAGAGGCUGAAAAAGGAAGCCGAGCUGCGGGAAGACACGAACGGCCUUGAAGCCGCGGCGGAAGAUCAUCCGGCUGCGUAG